AGGACUUCAGCUUUCGGCUCCCAGCGUUUCCGGGGUAACAGCAAUGGCGUCCGUGGUGUCUGAGCGGCUUUUCUCGUUGGAGCUACUCGUAGACUGGGUAUACCUUGAAGCCUGGCUGCCGCAGCCACCCGUGGUUGCGGAGGAGGAGCAAAAGGAGGAGGAGGGAGAGGCAGCAUCGUCGCCGCUGCCCUCGCGCAGCCUGUGCCCCGCGGUGGCCUUCCGCCUGCUGGACUUCCCCACGCUGCUGGUUUACCCUCCCGCCGGGCCCGCCGCCCCCUCCCAGGAAUCUCGGCCUGGCCUGGUCAGCUUCCGUCGCGGCAAGUCCUGUCUCUUCCGCCUGCAGCCCGCCACCCUGCACCGCCUGCUCCUUCGGACCCCGCUUUACGCCUUGCUGCUGCAGCUGCCCCCCGGGCACCCAACCCCUGCCCCGCAGCUCCUGGGGUCCUGCAGCAUCUCUCUGGCCUCGGCGGUCCACAAGAUCUUAGGGUCCGCCGCCCCCGGCAGCUCCCAGAGUCAUCGGGGAAGUUUCCCGCUGUGUAACCUAGACGGGGAGCGGAUUGGGGACAUUGCCCUGGGUUACCGUCUGACUGAUCUGGGAAGCAGCUUGUUGGGCCAUCUGGAGCGGCCAGUCGCUUCCACAGGAGGUGGAGUGGAGGGUAUGGAGGUGCAGAAGUCAGUGCAGGUCAGUCCCCAAACCUGGCAGGAAAAUCAGCAGCUGCAGCAGCCAGACUCAGAGCCAAGCCCAGGAGAAGCCGAUAAGCCUCUGGUGGAUGUAAAAAUCUCAAGGGCAGGGAAGGAUUUGAAGGGAAGAGCUUUCCAUAGCAAGGCUGACUCUGAUUACACGGAUUCUAUGGAAAAUGGCAAAACCAACUCUGUUAUGUGUUCAGAGGGUAGCAGUGAGAGGAGUAGCCCACCAAAUCAGGAAGGCACAGAGAUGGAACUUGAAACUAACAUAAUUUGCCCUCCUCCUCUGUAUUACACUCAUUUGACUCAAGAAAAGGCACCCCCUAAACUGGGUAAAAUAACCAUUGAGCCUCAAAUUAAUGCACCUGAGGAAUGGGAUGAUGGUACGUUCCUGAAAGAAAACCUUGUAAAUCCCCCAACACAUACUAAUCCUCCAGAACAUACAAAUUCUGCAACAGGUGAGAGUGGUCCAGUGCUUGUAAAUCCUGCAUGCAUUCAGGAUACAGGAGCAAGUAGUCAAACUACAGAUCAUCCUCCAACUGAACAUAAUAGAAUUAAUACUAUAAGGCAGCUGCCUUUGUUAAAUGCUUUGUUGGUUGAGUUGUCCUUGUUAUACAACCAACCCAUGGCAAGCCCUACUCAUAUACAUCCUCACUUAGCCUGGUUAUAUAGAACUGAGGAUAAGAAGUCACCAGAAUCUUCAGUGAAAUCCACCUGUAAAUCUGAAUCUAAGAAGGAUAAGCUUUCUGUGGGGGAAAAUGAGAAGUCAAUGAGUCUUCAGUAUAAAAAGAACCAAACUGAAAACCUUAAGAAAGGUAAAUAUUUUGAAAAGAAAGGUGGUGCCCCCCCCAAAAGAGUUUCAAGGGGAAGACUACUUUAUGGCUUAACAAACACACUUAAACUACGUUUAAAACAAAAAAAUCCUAAUAUGUUGGUAGAACAUGAAAAGAGAGAACAGUAUAGAAAAAUGCAAACACAAAUGUUAGGUGCAAAACUCAGAAUUCCAUCAUCCAAAGUUAAGAUACUAAGUUUUGCUGAACUGUAUCAGAAGCCACCUGAACUACCUAAAGAAAAGUGUUUAGAAUCAGAUGCAUCUUGUGCUGAAAAUAGCAAUACCUCAAAGCAAAUUAGUGUAGUUGAUGAUGACCCUAACACAACCAAAGAAACUAAACUGAAACGUGCAACUGAAAAGACAGCUGAUUGUGAUGAAAAUAGAAGCAAUAAUGGUUUUUUGGGAGAAAUUGUGAGUCCUGCAAAUUCUGUCAUCUCAGAAAGGUUUAUUCGUACAAAUAUUUUGGAAGGAAAAGUGGAAGUGAAAGUCCAAAGUCCAGGUGUUUUCCAGCAGGUUGCAGUAGUUGACAGAAUUGUAAUAGAUAAAGAAAUAGAUGACAAGCAGGUCAAAAUCACUAGUGAUGACAUUCUAACUGCUGAUAUCAAUGAAAACAAUCAAACUACAAGUAGUUGCUCUGACAGUAUCUCAGAACUAAAGUAUUCAGAUGACUUCACCAGCCCUUGCAGUUCUGAAGACACCAGCAGAAUUUUACGAGCUCGUGAUAGCAGUCCAGGGACAGAAAAUCCAAAACACAGUCAACGUACAAGCAAGUCCAGUGAAACAAAGUUGUCCAUAAGGAAAAACAGCAGUGAAAAGAGUUCUGUUCUUAGCCCACCUUUUUCAGCUGGAUCUCCAGUACUCUCAUAUAAAAGAUUUCCUGUUUCAAAGACUCAAGAUAAAAGUUUGGAGGAAGCAUCUUCCAGUGAUUUCUCUUCAUCACACUGGACUGAGGAAAAAGAAAACCAGAGAGACCAAAACAGUAUGCAUAAUUUUAAAGUUCUAAAGCAGGAUCGUGACAUCUCUGCUAAACCUAAAACAAGAACAGUUUGCAAGUCCUCAGAAAAAAGCCAGUCACCUCGGACAUCUCAAGUGAGUUCUUACCUGCCUUCUAAUCUGUCGGAACUAGAACUUAAUGUCCUGGAUAGCAGUACUUUAGAUCACUUUGAAGAAGACAGUGAUGACCUUGGUUCACUAAACAUUUCCAAGCAAUGCAAAGAUAUUUGUGAAUUAGUAAUAAACAAACUUCCAGGAUAUACAGUGUAAAAAUAUGUGCUUUUAAAUAAUAUUUAAUUUGUUUUAUAAUCUGUGUGUACUAUUAGUGAAACAAUUUUAAUAGCUGUACAUAAUUUUUAGUACAUAAAUUAAUGUGAAUAAUUCUUUUUCAGAAUAUAAGUGUUUCGUCAUUCCUUUGGGGUUUAGGAUUCUGCCACUAAAUCUGACAAGACUGAUCAUGAGAUGAUCUUAUAACGUAGGUAAGAUUUAAGUUGUUUAACCUUGUAAAAAUAAAAAGUAUCUUCCUAAACUGCUCCUAUUAAAGUAUCCUAAAGCUGACUUCAUUCACACCAUUGAAAACUGAAGGCUGGUUAACAAAGAUACCUUCAAAUUUUAAUGGGAAUAAAUCAUUUAAUGGAUAUAGAAGACUUACUGUAUGAGACCCAGAAAGGUACAGAAGAAUUUAGGGUAUAGCUACUGCAGUUAUAAGGGCUUACCAUUUUAUUUAGAUGUGAGUUCUUUAGGGAAAUCUUCCAGGACCCAUAUGCAUUCCACAUCUCUAAUAGGCGGAAUCCUUUUUAUAUGCUGUCAUAGUGCUCUGUGUACCUUUUCUUAAAACCACAAUCUGGGUGGCUGCUUGGUUAAUGUUUAUCUUGUGCUAAACCUAAGUUCUGUGAUUGAAGGGACCAUGUCUGUCUGAGCAGCAAUAUGGUCUUAGUACCUGGCACAGUCUCUGGCAUAUGGCUGGGGUGCAAUAAAAGCAUUUGUUGAACAAAUAAGUGAUGGCCGUACACUUAACAUACCUAACGAGAGAGGUUAGAAUUAAGCAGUAAAACAUGCAGAAACCUAAAAAAUAUCCUUCUUGGAUACUGGCUAUUUGACUACAGUAUUUUUGUUUUGCUGAAACACCUUUUGAUGUUCUCUGAAGUAUUUGGAGAAAGGAGCUAAAAAAGGUGUCUUCCUAUACAGUUUAUUGUAUAGAAAUUCAGUUUAUUGUCAUUUCAGCCUUUUCAAGUUAUUUUUAAUGUAUGAUAGUUUGUUCCUAUGAAAUCUAGUGAUCGUUUCUUUAUAAUUUCUUCCAUUGUUUUUAUAUUUAGAUCUUAUUCUGUGUGCAGAUAUUUACAUGUAUUUUCUUCUGUGUUAUAUUUAAAUUUUACACUUAAGUUUUAAUAUAGCUAAUACUUUUGGAUAUAUGAGGUGAGGUCCUAAUUUUCUUAAGUAAUUAAAUAAUUAUGUAGGUAUUAUCUUGUCUGAUCAUAAUAAUAGAAUUUAGUUAGAUGGUGAGAUGAAGAGACUAUAUUUUGAGGAGAAAUAUGAAUAAAGAAUAAUGAUGGGAAUGAACACAAUGUCACAAUGUACUCAUGGGACUGAGAAGACCUUAUGUGAUCUUGAUUAGAAUGGUAGAGUCACACUAGAGUGGUAGAAGAAAAAUUUGUUGAGUAAGAAAAUACCAGAUUGUAGGAGCUUCAAAUGUCAAGCAUACCCAUAAAGUCCUAAGCAGUAAAAUCAGUAUUUUAAUGUAUAAGUGAGCACCAGUAAGUAGUCAUGACAUUUUGAAUAUUUUAAAUUAUUGAAAUAAACUUUUAGAGAUCCAGAAAUUAUACCAGUGAAAA